GACAUUAUUUUCCCGCGAAAUUUAACUUCCUGUAAAACGUAAACAAAUAAUACAUGGAUCCAUCAGAAGUAGAGUUUCUGGCAGAGAAAGAAUUUGUGACAGUCGUUCCAAAUUUUGCCUUGGACAAGAUAUAUCUGAUUGGAGGAGACAUUGGCCCUCUUACACCUGGUCUACCUGUACAGGUCCCACUAUGGAUGGCAGUGAAUCUCAAACAAGGACAGAAAUGUAGGAUUGUGCCACCAGAAUGGAUGGACAUUGAUCGCUUACAGGACAAGAAGCAAGAGGAGACAGACUCCAAAUUUUUUACAAAGAUGCCAAGUGAUCAUUAUAUGGAAGUCACCCAGCUCCUAUUAAAAUGUGCAACAGAUGAUAUCCCCCAUGCUGAUGAGAUCCGUACACUAGUGAAGGAUAUCUGGGAUUUACGGAUCGCCAAACUCCGGAGCAGUAUUGACACUUUUGUAAAGAGUGAUGCUACACAUGCCAAGCUGAACUUUUUGACUUUGAUGGAACUGAACACUGUGCGACCAUUUCUCACGAAAGCCCUUGACCAGAUGCAUGUUUUAAGAUCCAAUACAAAUGGAAGAAUUCAGGCAACUCAGGAAUAAUAAAUUAUUUAUUUUUAAA